AUGUUUUCUCAACUCGCAUCAAAAAGAAAUUCACUUACUAUAAUUAAUUUAUUUUUACGUCAUGAAAGUACUUUAUAUUCUCAUAAUACUAAUAAAAAAUCAUCAACAUUUAUUCCUGGUAAACAAGGUUAUGAUGUAAAAAAAUUUUCUCCUCCUCCUCCGCCGAAAAAAUCAAACAAAAAAAAGGCGAAAUUAGCAGCAAAACUAAAAGAUAAGACAGCACAAACACAAGGAGCAGAAAAUCCAACAACAGAACAAACGACAUCAAUUAAAGAAUUAGACUUGACCAUUCCAAAGAAAGAAGAAAAUGUUCAACAAUAUAAAGAGGAAUCCAUUAAAGAAUUUGAUUUAGCCAUUCCAAAGAAUGAAGAGGAAUUAGAAUUAAGACGGAGAAAAGAAGAAUGGCAUGACAAAAUAAAACAAGAAAGACGAGAUAAAUUAAAUAAAAUUCAUGAAACAAUUAAAAUUUUAUCUUUGUCUUCUGACCCAAAUGAAUUUUGUACUCCUGAAUAUCGCGCAAGGAAAAGAGAAAAUGCUCUUAUAAAUUAUCAUAAACGUGAAUCAGAAAAACGGAGGGAAAGAAGAAUAAAUCUAUUAACAUUAUACUAUAAUUCCUCGGAUUUUGUUACUCUAAAUAAUUUGGAUACAAAGAUUGCCGAUAUGUAUAAUGACGUAAGACAACCUUUUACAACAACCCUUGAAGAUAUGCAAAUUGAUUAUCAGGAGGGUGGUGGAAUAAUUGAUGAUUUAGAGCUUAAAAGAAGAUUGGAUAAAAUUAAAGAUACUUUAAGUGGUACCGCUCAAGGCGGAAAGAAAAAACUCGGUUUGGAUAAAAUUGAAAAAUUGCAAGAAAUGUCAGAGACAAAUCGCGUGGAACCUUUAGGUUCAAGUAUAGAAACAGAGCCAAAUCUUGUGCAAUCAGAAUCAUUAGAUUCUUAA